AUGCAGUACACACAGGAUGGUUUUCAUGGUGUUCGGAAAGUCAAUAAUUGCAUUUUACCUUGCUCUCCAAUAUCGCCUGUAGUGGGCAUAACCAUUGAAGCCCUUGAAAUAUAUUGUGUGGCACACCUCCGGUGUCUAUCUAUCCAGGCAUUUGUAAAAACAAUGUGUGACUUACAUGGGUUUUCAAUUGUGUGCGACUUAUAUCUACAAAUUAGACAGAGCAUAGAAGCAAUAGUAAUGGAAUCAAUCAGCUGCAACUCACCUGACUGGCGCCUUCGACAUUCUUGUCCCACAUGCACCUACAUGCUGAUAAACGAAGAAGACUUAACCUUUGCAAUGCUCUAUGCCAUGGACGGCAAUGAUUCCCUGAAGCGAGUCCUUCAACGAUCUUUGGACGACAAAGAUGACACUCUCGGUGCAUCUUCAGAAGUUCCUACUGGCCAGUUACUCACCAGCAGCCGUUACUUGUCUUGCAACUUUGUGGACAAGUUUUCACAGGACUUAGCGAGCAUUUUGAGUGACAAGAACGCACCUGCAGAUGAUUCAUGCGAAGGCCGCGAUAAAACAGGUAUUUUCGUGGCCAUCCGCCGCCAUGGUUUUUGUCUACUCAUUGUAGACAUGGUGCAGAGUGGGGAACUUGCAAAAUACCCUUUAGUAGUCGUUUCCAAGUUACUCGACAUGUUUGGUGGCAAUUUGGGGGGUGGGUGUGAUAUCAGCUCCCUCGGACCUCUUGCACACUCACUACAUUACACUUGUCUUGUUGGUGCAUUCCAUAGACAUGCCUACAGACAUUUAUGUCAGCUCGUUUCACUGACAACGUACAUCAAAGGUCUUGGAAUUGAGGACUUGGAGACAUGCGAACGCACAUUCUCAAAGUCAAAUUCUCUUGCAUCAUCUCUCCGUUAUGCCAGUCUAUUUCAUCAUCAGCAGGCCAUUGACUUGUAUUUUGAACAUAAUGACGACUUCAAGGUAUACACGAAUCUUUUGAACUUUUUAUAUAGUAACUAUAGACAAGCUCUUGACAUGGAAGAGGAGAAAGUCUAUCUCAAAGGUCUCACAAGAGAGUCUGAUGAAGAAACCUUCCAAAUGGAAUACUGGCAGAAGUUAGUUAACCUCAGCUGCAACAGCCAAGCCCUUCACCAUGAUGCCACUGCUGCCUCAUAUGACAUGCAGAGGGUGGGAAGGCUCGUGGCUAACAGAAAGUAUCAGCACAUGCUGAAUUGUUUGGAAGGGUUGAUAGUCAUGUGUAUUUUCGAACUUACAAAGAUUAAUAGGGCAGGGACAGGUUACAAGCUGCGCAAACAUAUUGCGAAGGCAUUGCAGACACACUCUGCUGCCAUCAAAUCCACUCUCAGCACUUAUAACACUGUUGCCAGUACAAUGUCCCCUCCUCAGAAAACCCUCAAGUGGGAGGAGAUUGUCGAUUACACAUUUCUUGCAGACUUUGAUCUGCUAUGCAACACAUGUGCAGAUAUUUCUCAAUCCCCUUGGUCUUCACCUGUGGCACACAGUGUAAUGGACCUUCACUUCAAGAUCUGUUGCGCACAAGAGGAAAUCUCUCGUCUGAAUGUCAAGAUCCAUCGUCUCAUGACAUAUAUUCAAGAUGAAGAUAAUUAUCUACAGGUGUCCAAGGAGCAGCUGAGGGCUACUAGCCCAGCCCUCACUCAUUAA